UUGCGCGGGAAAACACGCGAGUCUGCGCGCGAACACCUUCUGCGGCGGUUUCAUUCGAAAAUGGAACGAUAUACGAAUUUGAAAAUGGAAUACACAUCAAAUUUAAAUUUUUAGAUGUGUUUUAUUAAUUUUAAUGAUUUUGGAACGUGUUCUUUUUGUGUGAAGUGAAAUGACAGUUGGAUCUUUUUUGUCAGUAGUGUCAUUGUGCAAUAGGGAUUUCUUUUCUUGCGCCGGGAGCUAAGGAUACGGUAUAAAAAUGCUGAAGUGGACCGUCUAUGGUAAGAAGACCCAAGAGCCUCAUCCUACCAAUGAGUUCGAAGGCGGAAGGUGCAAUGAUUAUGAUAAUGAAUGCUACAACAACGAAAUACGCAAAUCUUUAGACGCUCAAUGCGUUAAGAAAAGCAAAAAACCGAGCAGAUAUCAACGAAGGUCCCUGGGUUCUAAUGCGGCAAGAAAAAACAAUAUCAAAACUGUUAACAAGGAGAAUGAGAACUACAUAGGAAAUACGCCGAAUUACUAUAAGGAAGGAUUUGUAAAGAAAGCAGAAGGUAUUGCUCUUAAAGAUGUUAGCAAUAUAACACCUAAUUCCACUCCGGUAAAAACUUUCGAAAGAAGAAAAUUUUAUUUACACGGUUCAAGAGAUGAUUUGGCUCCUGAUUUACCCCCUACUCCGCCGACUUACAGCAGAAGAGUAAGGGAAGCUAAAAAACGGAAACUUGAAAUGACCAGUGCCAAUAAUGAAGUCUUUAGGCGAGAUAGUUCCGUUUAUAAAUCUGAAAGAAGAAUAAGGAGCGUUGAUAGGAAUUCUUUAACUUCGCGUCUUAGUCAUAGCACCUCUGAACCUUCUUUAAACGAAUUAAGUGAUAGAAUUUGUCCAAUAAAUAAUUAUGAUAAGACUACCUUUUCGUAUAAUAAAGCAAUUGAUAACAAGGUAUGCACAACAAAAACAGCCAGUGAAGGCUUAGUUGAAAUCGAAUAUGACAAAGAUUUAGUAAUUAAUUGCGUUGAGAAACCAAUCACAAUAAAUAAAUCUAGCAUUGAAAAAACAACUCUACCUAUAUUUGGACAUCACAUAUUCAUGGACAACCCAUUAUAUUUCAAUAAGAAUGAAGGUCCUACAUGUAUACGACCUUUAAAGAGGACAAGAAAGAAAUCUAAUGAAUUUGAAAGUUCAUUUAAAUCUCCGUCUGUCGAUAAGAAAGACACGCAUGCCUUAGUAAGAGAGGCGUGUUCUCCUGUUUCUAUAACACCUUUAUCGGUUAAGUUAGCAGCUUUAAGAUUCAGUACUAUGAGUACCCAUAGCAAAUCGCAAAGAGUAGCUUUUAAUAAUGAUGUAACUGAAUAUUUUCCUAAGGUAGAAAAUCCUUUUACUAUUCCUCUUAGAGACGAAGAAAGUUCUACUGAAAUGGAAAAUAAGUUCAUCUUAGGGAAAGACUACACUAGUAAUACCGAAUCCACUGUCUCAACAACACAAAUGGGAGAUGUUACUCUUGAAAAAAUGAUUGAAGAUAUCAUCAAAAGUACUAAAAUUGUUAAAUCAAAGAGGAGAAUAUUGAAUAAAAUCACAGAACAAAACAUAAGCCAAGACGAUAUUAUUCCUGAACCAGAAUUAGUUCAAGAUAUUUUUAUAAAUCCUCUAGCAGAAAAUAAAGCAAAUUUGAUCAAAGAAGCAAAAUACGUUAAUUUAUCCAGAGAAAAUUCCGUUUCUCCAAAAACAACGCCCUCCAAGAAAAUAGUACCAGUACACAAAGUAAAUGAUAAAUUACUAAAAAAUCUUCCGAUAGGAUGUUUUAUAUUGGACGACGGAGAUGGAUAUAAUGAGCGAGAAGUAAGAACACCAGAAAAUAUUGUCGAAUCUAAACCUAAAAUCAUUUGUAAAAGACGCGAAAAUGAAUCAAUUAGUAGAUCGCAUUCAAUGAGUGCAUCUCUUGAAAGAGUGAAUAUAGAAAAUAUCUCAUCCGAUUCUACUCCAGAUUUAUAUUCUAUAAGUAAAGAAAGAGCGAGUCUCCGACUAAAGAGGCAAGGAUGCAUACGUAGAAAAAAGUCCACACCUAGCAACGAGAGUCAAUGGAAGCAAAGAAUAAACGAACCUAAAGAGUCAAUACUCACGCUCGAAGUUGGGUUACCAAGUCCUGCAAUGGAUCUUCCAAAUGUAUCCUUAUGCGAACCUUUGGCUUCUCCUCUGUGUUAUUCUAUUGAAACUGGUGAUGAAUUUCCUCAACAAUUAAACAACUCAAGAUCCAACGUAUCCCACAGCAGUUUAAUGCAUUACGAUCAAAUUCAAAAUAAAAGAUCCAGAGAACUGUUUGGCUUAACCCUUGAAAAUGGUAUUCCAAGUCCGAUAACACCUUUACCAAACCUUAAAAGACCAGGGAAAGUGCUCAGCGAAGAGAGAGCUCACAAAACUAGCAAACUUGAUGAAGACGUGCUUCCUUCUGAUGGAUAUACUCCUAUCAUAGAGCACAAGUCCAUAAGAAGAUGUCUGACAUACUCUCCAGAAGAAUAUAGCAUAUCAAGCAGUGAGGAGAAGAGAAGGAGUGUUGUGAGCAAUCGCUUGGAACGUAGCAGCGAUCGCUUCCAAGCUCUGAAAGGGACCAUAGAUUUGGAAAUAAUGACAAGAAAUGACGUCAUAGACGUGCACGUGAUAAGAUGCAAAGAUCUUCAACGUUCCACGGGUAAAACAGAUGACAUCAAUGCAUAUGCAAAGGUGGUUAUCAGCGGUGUGACAGAGAGCCAAACUUUGCCCUCACAAAGAUCAAUCUUCCAACGCACGUCGGUGCUGUACGGGAAAAGAGAGCCGGAAUUCCAGAGGCAUCUGAAAUUGCCGCUGCCCACCGCCGUCUACGAUCACCAGAUGCUUCACGUCUCUGUGUGGCACAGAGACAAGAAAUAUCGUCGGAGCGAGUUCCUAGGAUGCGUUUCGUUCCCUCUAAAAGAUGCGAUUAAGUGCGACAUCGGUGGCACUUACUUCCUGCAGCAGGGAACGGGGCGCGGCCAGAACGCUGCUCCGAGCGCCAAUGCGCGGUGCGAACGCGUGACUCCAGUGGACGCUCGCAACAUGGCUACGGACAACACUGAGACUAGCACCAACGAUGGCACCAAGGACAAUCACACUGAUAAAGGAGUCACAAAUGGCCCAGCGGCGGCGACGACAGCAAGCCAGGCGCAGGCGGUAGCCGCGGCGUUACAGCGGGAGGCUGAUGAGCACCUCUUCCUACGAUACUUGGAGCUGGACCCACCCGACGACCCCGCCGCGCCCAGGAGAGCACAAAGAAACGGACGGACGCCGUUUACUACCACCAGAAAAUUAAUAAGAGGCGCUGGCGGCGGUUUCGGUUUCACAGUGGUUUGGACAAGACCUCCUAGAGUGGAGAGGGUCGCUCAGGGGGGGUCAGCUGAACGGGCAGGACUCAGAGCAGGGGAUUACAUUGUGUUCGUGGGCUCUAAGAAUGUCGUCACAGCCUCCGAGGAGGAAGUUCGGAAUCUUGUAAAAUCAGCAGGUCAAAUGCUCAACCUAGAAACAUUCAGAAGAGUGCCCCCCAACGGGCUUGGUAUUCGACCGCGGCUGGCCCAAGUAACCAUUCCACCUCCAGAGUCGACUCCUCCUCCACCGCCCCGCUCACCCCGCGGAGCCGCGCUAGCCUCACCAGCAACAGCCGCUCGCCCUCCAACAGCUUGCUCCUCUACCAGCCAGUCGCUUGACAGGCGCAAAUUACACCUACCUCAAGUGACUUUCUCCAAAGAGACGCCAGGGUUGUCCGGAGACGGCAGAAAGCGCGCCCUGCUAGCUGUUGUAGCAAGAGAACAACAUUACGCCACCUGCGUGCAGUUCGGGCUGGUGCGGUUCGUGUCACCCCUAGCCGAGAGAGCAGACCUCAUCGCGCCCUGCGACCAUCAAUUACUAUUCCAGAAUAUUGAGGAGAUAUUCAGAUUAUCAGAAGACAUUUUAGACCAAGUUGUCCAAGAUGACGGCGAGAUCCAGACCUCGACCGUGGUCGCCGUGUACUUGCAGAAGACCCCAGUGUUCCUUAGCCUUUAUAAGAAAUAUUGUCUAGGACUGAAAAGAGCUGACUGUGUUUUGGUGAAAAAGUCAAAGGACCCAAGCGGAGCCUUCUCGCGGUUCUGCACGAGCCCUCCCAUUCCGAGAAGAAGGCCAGACAUAACCUCUUUAGUACACAAGCCGUUGGAACAGUUUCGGGAACUGCUGAGGCUGAUGCGGGCUGCGGCAUCAGCGAACGGAGCUGGACCCUACGACCAGCUCGAGAAAAAACAAUUGCAAGUCAUUGUGGAACAGUUGCAGAGUGGUUACCAAGAUGUGACAGCUGGGUCUGGUCUGAUGGGGCUCGCUGGCGACGGCAAACCGUUACUCUCGGUGGCUGAUUUAGAAAGUCGGCUCGUGUUCACUAGGUGUAAGCCGUUCGUGCUAAGUACAGCAGGCCGUCAGUGGAUCUUCGGAGGGGAGCUGUCCAGGGUGGAAGGUCGCGCGGUGAGGCCGUACUGGGCGCUGUUGUUCAGUGACCUGCUACUCUUCGCCACUGUCUCCAGGGAUCGGGUGCUGUUCGUCACAGAGGAGCCUGUGGCCUUAGGAACUGUUUCGGAGGCGCAGUUUAAUGUUAGAAAGAAAGCGACAGAGUUCCGGUUGAUCCUGGGUCGCGCGGGCGGCGAGUCCCCGCUGGUGUCGUGCGCGCCGCGCACGCCGGGCCGCACGCGCACCGUCGUGCUGCGCGCGCCCUCCAUCGACCUCAAGGCGGUCUGGCAGAGCCUGCUGCAGAGGCAGAUAUACCGAGCGCACACAAUGAGCGGCACGCCCCUCGGUUCUCCGCUGGACUCUCCGGACCCUCAGCUGACCUUCUCCCUCGCGACCCUAGACUCGCAGCAACGCCAGACCCGACGUAGCUCAGCGGAAACACAGACAGGGGCUGGAGGCAGUGCGACAGAAGGAGCUAGGAGUACAAGGAGUAGAGGAUCCACGUUACAUCUGCAGAGGUGGAUGACGCAGCUGCCCGAAGCUGAGGAGUUAGACCCGCCGGAACCUGACAUGGAGAUGUGGAGUGUAGAAGAAUUAAGAAAGAGAUCAAAGGAACUAAACCUCUUAGAGGUUGCAGAACUUGUAUCGAAUCAUGAAAGCAAAGGUGCUUCGCCUAAUGAAAAGAAAGAUAACGAUAGAAGUCCAUCAAAAAGCAGUAAUUCCGGUAGUCAAAUAACGGUUCGAACCAGCCCCGUAGUAGUAGACACAAUUCCUGUCUGCAGGCAGUGUCAUAAAAGAUGCUUAUCAAAGCCAAACAGCCCCUUAAUAUCACAGAAAGAGCCGCCUGUAAUUCCUGCCAAACCGAAAACAGAAGCGUCCCCACAAAGCUCCAAUAAAAGCUCAACGAGCGCGUGUAGUGCAAACUGCGGUAAUAGAAAACCCAAACCGAUCUGCCAUCUAGAAAGAAAAGGUGCUAUAAAGAUACGUGCCGAAGAUGGCCCGAAAGCAGCUAUGAAAGUAAUAGAUUCAAUAGAGCAAAGUCAAAGGAUGCUCAAGUCAAAAUCUUAUGAACUUAAAACUGAUUCACCCAUUCUAACUCCAAGCAUUCACUCAAGAAGUCACACGAAAAGUCAGUUGGAGUUAAGGAAAGAUGUUUCAAUAAGAUCGCCUAGUCCGUCAUCUAGUAGUAGAAAUAAUAGUCCAUUAUCCACCAGUCAUACCACAUGUAGUUCUAUGGUCUUUAACUCUAGUUCUAAUGAUUUAAGAAUGUCCAAUUCUAAUAUAGCCAAUCAGGUGCAAUGCGUCAUAGCCCAAGAGAAGUAUCUUAAUGAGGUUAAAUGUGUAGAAAAUAUUACAUUAACUAAGGCGAAAACAGCAUCAUCAAAUCAUCCUUCACCACUGACAGCAAGAAAAGAUCAGCUAACAAGACAAAAGGCUGAAAACGUACUUAACAAAGUUUUAGGUAUGAAUAUUAUAACUAAAAGAGAAAAUGUCGGCACGUGUCUCCAAACAUCAUCAGUGUUCUUAGAAGAUGAUUCGAUACACGAUGACGAACCAGAUUUUAAGAUAGAGAGGGGUUUGAAGAGAUCUCCUAGAAUGGGUAUAUCGGCGGUCAGCAAGAUGAACGGAGAUAUAAACAAAAAGACUGAUGAUGUAAACGCUAAUAUGAAUGAUGCAGGGUCUGAUGAAGAUUUAGAGUUAGGACCUCUUAUGUUAAUGGGAUUAUCAGCAAUCAAUCCGGCGGCACACUUGAUGCGAGUGGAGCCGUUCAAGAGAUCGUCGGCAACAAACUUGCACAACGCAAGUUCGAGGCCGGGCAGUCUCGGAUCAAUUAAGUCUGAGUCCCCAGUUCCUAACAUAGCAGUCGUCCCACCAACACCGGAUUACAAUUCUGUCAAUAAGACUGAUGAUCUUGUAGAUGAUUCACCAGAAUCCCCAGAUGUCCCAGAAGACCUACCGUAUGUAACGCUUAAAAGGUACGGCACUAUGUCUAGCCUCGAGAGGCUACCGUCUGAUGAGACUGACGAUGGUAACGUAAGACUGACCGCGCAGGAACCAGAAACGUCCAAAUCGUACAACCAAGCAGUAACAGGCACGAGUGGUGGCAUAAUGGGAUGGACGGCUAGGGCAGGCUCUUUCGUGGUAGAAAAAAUGAAUAUAUUCAGUUACACUGAGAGCGUACCCAACACGUCUGUCGCACAUAAACAACCUUCGUUUUUGGAAAGAUGCCUUGGUGUAAGCGAUUGGAAGUCAACUAUAGGCACCGAAGAAGGUACGGCGGAGACUGGAGAAGGAAGCGGCGCAAGUGGAGAAGAAGCAUGGGGUACACCUUCUUCGGGAGACCUGUCUGACAACUUACCUGAUUCAGAUCACGGAACGCUUUCGUCGCCCACAAAGUCUUCAUCAUCGUAUGCAGGAGAUGAUGACACGGAGCUGAUGAUGGACGAGCUCCUCAUGGCACCCACCAUCACUGGACCCACCACGCUAAGGCCUUUACUGCCUAGGGAUGUAUUUAGGAGAAGACUAGAGCCACUUCUCGAAGAAGAAUGCUCGGACAGCGGCAGCGAAGACAACAAAGCGACGCCCACCAACUCUGACGAUCAGGGCAGCGCGUGUGGCCUCGAUGCUGACGACUGCUGCGACGCGCCGCACCGGCCGCCCUCUGCUUUAGAAACAGAAGCAGGGGGCGAGGGUGCGCGCGACGACCCCGAUGCUGGGGAGGGGGGAGAUGGUGGCGCCGCGUCAGAGCUGAGCCCAGACAGGACGCCCACCAACGAGACGCCCUCGACGCCCUUACUAUCUGUUUCAAAAGAGUUUGUGGAGGCGCGUGCCGGUGCUGCGGCUGGCGCUCGCCGGGGCUCAGCCAGCUCGGCCAGCACCCCCUCCACACUCGACCGCACCACUAUACACAACCCUAUCACGACCCAUCUACAACACUCACAAGCCUCGGAGCCAGCACAAGCACAGGAGGCAUCUUCACAACUGGAGGCACCGAGACCACAGACCCCGGAGCGACUCAGUCCUCGAGCGGAGAUGAGGCUGGCCUUGGACCAGGGGAAGGACAUGCUGGCAGAACAGGAGGGGUCCUGGGGUGGCGGGUCCGACCCCUGGUCGUUUCGCGCGGCAUGCCAACGGUCUCUGCUCCGGCGCGUGGCGAGCGCCGACGCGGUGACUCUGUGCCGCGCGCCGCCGCGCCGCACCGUCCCGCAUACUACUUCGCGCAGUUCUGUAUAUGCUUGGAAGGUUCCAGAAAGCGAGAAACUUAUGGAGAUGGAGCAACUGGCACGAGUGGAAGCUCAGAUGAUGCGUUCGCGGACGCGCUCUCUAUGCCAGAACGGGAAGAUAAUGGGUUUCCUGCGUCGUCGCGCGUCGUCCGAUAGCCCCCGCCGCGAGCCGCUGUUGGUGUGCUCGGGGGGCGCGGGCGGGACGGCGGCGGGGGUGGCGGGGGGAGCGCGGCCCUUCUCCCCGCGCCGCACGACCGUGAGCUCCAACGGCUAUUACAAGAUAUGCUUUGUAAAUGGCUAUGUGUGAACACUGCACCGCAGCUUCCCUGUGCCUGUGCCAAUCAACUGGAUUUAAACACUUUCGUGGAAGUUUUCUCAUUGGUCCUGUACAAGCAUCUCGGGUUCCCUCCGUAUUCGUAGUUGAUGUGAUCAAAUCAACAUUUUUAUUAAGAUCCUCGACGAAUAGCAAGAGUGUUGUAGUAAUAUUGUGGUGGCAAUUAUGACGAAACUUCCAACCAAUGUGUGCAUUAGAAAUCACAAAAAGUAAAAUUACACUAGAAAAUUUUAAUGAACAAUUUGAAUUGACAAAAAUGAACGCUUGUUAUGGUAAGAGUGCUAUGAAUCUCGGGAAUCAAUUCCAAAUUUUGAAAUUGCUGGCUCUAAAAUGACUAAGUAACACGUAAUAUGAAUUACAAAAUAAUUUCAUUGUAGGGUCCGUGUAAGGGGUAAAUGGCGUCUCGCGUGGUCAAAAUGUCUCAAUUAUUGAAAAUUAAGUAAUUAUUCAAGAAUUAAUGGGCAACUAGUAAGAGUGUAUAUUCUGCCACGAAUUGCCUUUGAAUUUUAAACUUUAGGAUCUACAAGAACAUUGUUAAAGUGAUAGGUCGUAAAAACGUUUUUAGCGGAACUAUACCAUGUUUUUAAUGUCUUCACAUAAGUCGUAAGUAAUUAAUUGCCUCUUGGUAUUGUUAUUGUGAUGGUCUCUGAACAAUCAUGUCAACUUGUUCUUAAUAUUAAUAUUAUUACAAUUUAGAUAUUAACGUUUAAAUCCAGCUUUUCGAUUAUGCUAAAUUUCUUGUUUUUGUUACUUUGUUGAAUUGAAUCUGUCCAUUUCGAUUGGAACGAAUGUUCUGGAAAAUAUAUUUUUUAUUAAAAUAUCA